AUGGCUAGCAAGGCGGAGAAAAAGUUAGCAGCGGACCUUCUGACGAGACGACAAGCAUGUGCCGAACGAGAUGUGGUGGAGAAGUUCGUAGCGGAUUUCACCUAUGAACGGGAUUGUUGCCAGGUUGCGGUACGUUUGGAGGCGCUCAACAAGUGCAACGAACUCUUCUUGAACGUGCAGAACGACAUCGAGAUGGGUGACAGCGAAGAACGGUUUGAGACACAUCUGGAGUUCCGGGCGGAUUUCGAGCAUCGGUUUUGCAGAGCAAAAGGUUUCUUGUUGUCCAAACUGGAAAGUAGGGAGCAUCCGUUGAGUUCGACGAUCAUACACGCAUCGGCUUCUCACAGCAUGGCUUCCAGUUUCCAUCAUCGGCUGCCGAAAAUCGAUCUUCCGAAAUUUAGUGGAGAUGAAUCGCGCUGGAUCUCGUUCCGUGACAACUUUCUCUCGAUGAUUCACUGCAACGAGGAUAUACCGAUCCUCAACAAGCUGCAGUACCUGUUACAGUCCCUUGAAGGAGAAGCCAAGAAACCAUUCGAGUCGGUGGAUAUCCAAGCCGAUAAUUAUUCGUCGACGUGGGACGCGCUUAAAAAGCGUUACGAUAACAAGCGAUUUCUCAGAAAAGAGCUGUUCCGAGGCCUGUAUAACGUUCCACCGAUACAGCACGAGUCCGCCCAAUACCUCAACACAAUGGUUGAUGAUUUCCAGCGACACUUCAAGGCUCUGGGGAAGUUGGGUGAACCGAUCGAGCAUUGGGACACUCCGCUCAUCUUCAUCCUUACAAACAAAUUGGAUGCAGCGACAAUUCGUGCAUGGGAGCAAGACACUCGACAGAAGGAUGAAGUGAAGUACGACGAGCUCAUCGAGUUUCUCGUCCACCAGGUCCGGAUGUUGAAAUCCGUGGACAGCGAUCUCCAGCAUCGAUCCGCAGGGCUCACCGUUUCCAAGGUGGCCGGACAAAUCUCUAAGAAACCAGCUCCCAUCCGAUCUGUCGUGAACACCGCUACAUCCGAAGCUCAAUCCAGCACUUCGCCAUGUCACUUGCAAUGUCCAGCAUUUUCGAACCUGUCAAGCUCCCAACGGCGAGAGCUUGUGAUACAGCACAGCCUUUGCUGGAAUUGCUUUCGCGCAAACCACCAGGCAAGAUCCUGCAAAUCCAAGUUUCUGUGCAGGAUUUGUCAACCAAAACACCACACUAUGUUGCACGACCAAGCAGCACCACCGAACGAGUCCUCAUCCGAGGGAUCACAAGCAAAUCCAGGCCCCAGUAGAUUGCUUAGCCCACCAACAGUAAAUCUUUCCGUGCAUUCAGAUUCAACCGUUCUCUUGGAGACAGUCUCUCUGUUAGUUGUCGACCGAUACGGCAGAAAGAUUCCAGUACGAGCUCUUCUAGAUUCCGCAGCAAUGUCCAACUUUAUCACCAGGAAGCUGGCGAACGAGCUCGCCACCCAACAAACUCCCGUGGACAUCGCAGUUGCCGGAAUUGGAGAGUCAGUUAAGCGCAUCAGAAAAAAGCUAGCUGCCAAAAUCGUAUCCAGGAACAGCGACUUCUCCGCCACACUCGAUUUCCUCGUCAUGAAGAAGCCAACUUCCCAUCUUCCCACAUCCCCGAUCGAUACAACUGCCUGGAAAAUGUCAAAGGUUCCAUUGGUGGAUCAUCAGUUCAACGUUUCAGCAACAAUCGACAUGAUCAUCGGUGGAGAAUGUUACCAUGAGUUUCACACAGGCUUACGCCACUCCCUUGCUCCACCACCGCACCGCAAGCGUGCUUCUAACACUCCUUCAAGCGCCGCUAAGGUCAACGACAAAGGAGAAGACGCUGCCUGUGGAUCCUGCUGCUACGUUGUCUCUUUGGUCAGGCAGCUGUCUGUUACCUGUCUGGAGUUAUGCGCAUCUGUUCUGCCAGAGGAGGAUACUGAUGGGCUCAGUAGGAGACGAGUUCCGGAAGUGCACAUCACAGCUAGUGAACUGUCCAGGAAUCUACAUUCCUCCAACUUCCCCGAAAACCCUGAUCCUAUCUUACCAUUACCCUACAUCAUCAUCCUAUUUCGCCACCGAUUAUUCAUCGCCAUCGCCACAAAGCCACGGUCCGAAGCAGAAUCUUCUAAAACCGGUAGAGCACGCCGAACGUUGCUCAACGCGCUAACGGAGCGCUAA